AUGAAACUUGAAUUGUUAGUAUUAUUUUUUGCUUAUUUAAAAUCUAGUUUAGACAUUUAUGAGGAAUUAAAAGAAGCUGUUGAACAGAAAAUACAGACUAAAGACCAUUUUUUAUUUAAUUUGGAAAAAAAACAUCACGCCUUUGAAGCCUAUGUUCAUGAUAAAAAAAUUGUUUUUAAAACAUGGAUAAAACCAACAUUUAAAUAUAAGCUUAAAGAUCAAUUAAAAUCUGAUAGCGUUAGGUAUAAUACAGCAAAUGAAGCAAUUCGAAAGAUUUGUGACUAUUAUCUUUUAAGCGAUUGUAGUGAAUUACAGGGAUUUGAAGUUUUUUGUAAGUUAAAAUUUAUGGGAUCUAGGAAAGAUAUUGAGUUAAAUCUUAAGAAUUUUUUUUAUUAUGGGAUUGAACCAGAUUUUUUUUCAAUGAUUUAUAAUAGUAACGGACAAAAACAAAUAAGAGAGCUUUGUUCAUGUUUUUCUCAAGACAACAUGAUAGAUUUUGACUUUUGCUUUUCACUAACAAAAUAUUCUUUAAAAAAUUCUAUUCAAUGUUUUGAAGAAGAAAACGAGAUGAAAAUUUUUUUUCCUGUAAAAUUAAGAAAUUUAAUGUUCUUUUUUAAAAUUGACGUCAGCAAUUUAUAUUUUGUAGAAAAAAAAUAUACAGAUGAAUUAAUAAAAUUACACAGCAGUAUCGGUAAGGAUAAUGAUAGUACAAAUGUAUGCAUUUUAAUGAGCAAAAUUUUUACAUUUUCUGAUUUUGUGUUACAUUUAAAUCUAUUAAAAGAUAUAAACGAUACUGAGAAAAAGCUAUCUAGUCAAUUUUUGAUUAAGAAUUGUGAGAAGAAUUUUUUUAACAUUGCAUUUCCAAAAAAGUAG